ACCGCUGCGCCACGACGGGAACUCCUGAGCAUCUAUUUCUGUAUGUAUUCUGUUGUAGAUACUAGGACUGUGGAAGUAAACAAGAAAAAGUAGCUGCCUUAAUAAAGUUUACAUGCUAUUGGGCAAGCCAGAUAAUAAAUAUGACAGUAUAAUUUAGAAGAGUGAUGGAUUCAUUGAUAUACCAUGUGGUGUUUUGUGGCCAAUAAAAAUAUUUAUUCUUCAGUUACACACAGUAAAACACUCAUAUUAAUUAUAACCUGAAAUUAGCUCUUGUGAUGAGAAAUAUGACAAAAGCUCAGGCUUCAACAAGGAAGAUUUAUGUUUGGAUCUUAACUCUGUUCCAUACUUACCUUUAGUCAAGUUUACUUCAGAGUUCUGCUUUGAUUUAUUUAAUUGUAAUAUGUGGCUUAUAAUAAUUGUCUCCUAGAACUGUGAUGAGCCUGAAUAAAUUACAUGACAUAUUGAUUGUAGCUUGAAAUUAGUUUCUCUUCUCUUCCCUCUCUCUCUUCAUAUGUUAUUCUCUUCAGUCUGCUUUUCUUUGUUUUCUUCUUUAGUCCUUUCCAUUUUGUGUUUUUUUUUUGUUUGUUUUAAAUGGAAGUAUAUGAUGCUUGUGCAUUCAUAUACAUUUAAAAGUAAUCAUAGUAGAAGACAUAUUUUAUCUUUACAUAUUCUACUAUAUUGCAGGUAAAAGAGAAACAAUAAAAUGGAAUGGGAAAACCAAACCAUUCUGGUGGAAUUUUUUCUGAGGGGGCUUUCUGGCUACCCAAGGCUUGAGCUACUCUUUUUUGUGCUAAUCUCCAUAAUGUAUGUGGUCAUCCUCCUGGGCAAUGGCACCCUUAUUUUAAUCAGCAUCGUAGACUCCCACCUUCACACCCCUAUGUACUUCUUCCUGGGGAACCUCUCCUUCCUGGACAUCUGCUACACCACCACCUCCAUUCCCUCUACGCUGGUGAGCUUCCUGUCAGAAAGGAAAACCAUCUCCUUCUCUGGCUGUGCAAUGCAGAUGUUCCUGGGCUUGGCCAUGGGGACAACAGAGUGUGUGCUCCUGGGCAUGAUGGCCUUUGACCGGUAUGUGGCUAUCUGCAACCCUCUGAGAUAUUCUGUCCUCAUGAGCAAGGCUUCCUAUGUGCCCAUGGCAGCUGGGUCCUGGAUCAUAGGAGGUGUCAACUCUGCUGUACAAACAGCAUUUGUGGUACAAUUGCCUUUCUGUAGGAAUAAUGUUAUCAAUCACUUCUCCUGUGAGAUUCUGGCUGUCAUGAAACUGGCCUGUGCUGACAUCUCAGGCAAUGAGUUCAUCAUGCUUGUGGCCACGACAUUGUUCAUAUUGAUGCCCUUGUUGUUUAUCAUUAUCUCUUACACAUUAAUCAUUUCCAACAUUCUGAAGAUUCGCACUUCUGAGGGGAGAAGCAAAGUCUUCUCUACCUGCUCAGCUCACCUGACUGUGGUGAUAAUAUUCUAUGGAACCAUUCUCUUCAUGUACAUGAAACCUAAGUCUAAAGAGACACUUACUUCGGGUGACUUGAAUGCCACUGACAAACUUAUAUCCAUGUUCUAUGGGGUGAUGACUCCCAUGAUGAAUCCUUUAAUCUACAGUCUUAGGAACAAGGAUGUGAAGGAAGCAGUGACACAUCUAUUUAACAGAAGGUUUUUUAGAAAGUGAGUGGGAAAAGUAUUGGAUUGUGAACACAUUGUACAUUGUUGAAAUUUGAGAAUUAUGUUGGAUAUUUGGUUACUUCUUGUACUUUCAUGUAUUAUUUAAAAAAAUUCUAUAAUGACAUAGCAGUUCAAAAUUAUUGCAUGCUCAUUCUGAAGAAUUUGCAAGGUACAGGACAGUAACAUUAGGAAGAGAGAUAUCACCUAUUGUUCUAACAUUAGGAGAUGGCCGCUUUUGAAAAAUAUCUUUCAUAUUCUGUAUGAUUUACAGCAUUGGAACUGGGCAUUAUAUGCCUCUUUUGUUUUCUUUUCUAUACAACAUUAUUUCAUAGGGAACACUUCAUUAAAUCUUUCAAAAUAGUAAGUCUCUCCAUUGUGAAGAAAGGUAAUCAGAAAACUUCCAAACACUGUACCCACAUUUUCCAUGGAAUGUCUUAUGUUGUAGAUUCACAUUAACCUCCAAAUCACCCUAAGCUAGGAUAUACUAUUUUCUUGCUCAGUAUUUGGAGUUUUUCUUUUUUUUUUCCCUGUGUAAAUCUGAGAGCACUGAGCAUUUGGGACUAUUGAGGGAGUGGGUAAAUGGGGCUCAUGGGGGGGAGUCCUAUGCAAUCAAUCAAGAUGACCUUUUUAUUUCCUUAAAAGUUUUUUCCAGCCUAUAUGUUAGCUUUAGCAUAGCAAAAAUGUUGCAAAAUUAAAACUAAGUUUGAAAUCUGGUCUGCUGUUCUAGAUAAAAAUAGGGACAAGUGUUAGAGGGAUGUCGUAUCAGUGUGAUUUAGAAGCAGCCAGAUUUCUUUGAUAUCCUGAGGAAAUUCCAGUUUUUUUCCAAGUCUCAGAAUAUCCAAGCUCUUGAUAUUUAGUGUAGAUGUGCAUUUAUGUCCUCUUUUUUUCCUUUCUUGGCCAUCCUGCAGCAUAUGGAGUUCCUGGGGAAGGGAUCAGAUCCUGUGCACCACAGUUGUGACGUAUGCCCCAGCUUUGGCAAAGCUGGAUCAUUUCUUCCACUGUGCUGCUGUGGGGAUGGAACCUGUAUCCUGGUGCUGCAGACAAGCUGUGGAUCUCCUUGCACCACAGUGGGAACUCCUGCCUUUAUGUCUUAUCUCUGUUACUAACUAGCUUUGUGCUCCUAGUGCUAUGAGGAAGCACAAUGGUGACAUUAUCUUGAUUUUUCCUUGUUUUUCUCCUCAAAGUUUUACUCCAACUGAAGAAUACUUCUAAUUCACAGCCCAAGAUGAAUAAGAAAGUGUGUUUAGGAGUGAGCCAUGUUCUAGGAAAUCCAUUUGGCUGGUUACAUUUGAUAUUGACGGAUCUUUAAGUUCAGAGGAUGUUGGGCAUAAACAUUUUACCUGGAGAAAUAAGAAUUAAAUAUUUGCGGAAUUUGGGGCAUAUUCAUCUUAGUUUUUCAAGUUUACUGUUUAAUUUUAGUAGAAGGACUAUGAAACAGGCAUGUCCUAUAUUUAGUUACCUCUAGCUUCUAUCAUUGUUAUUCACAGAUCAAAUCUGAUGGCAAAGGCUGAGACCACUGGUGUAUCCGAUUCACACCCUGACAACACAGGCUGUAAGAACCUAUCUGUUCUCA